AAGAUAAUUUCAUUUCCCGUGUAAAUUAAUCAGAUCGCUAAAAGCGAGUACAAUUUCUUAAAACGAUCACAAAAUUGCUAUUGUUAUUGAUGUAAUCGAGGAUAUACACGUUUGAACUUGGCCUACUCGAUUACUGCAGUUUGGAUAGUGGAAGCGACCUAUGCAGUACUGAUUAUUGGUUGAACGAUUAUGGAUUGGCAAACAAUCGAGUUUCAAUAUCUUAAAACCAUCAAACUUUUUGGGCAGCUUGUUGGUGUGUGGCCUUAUCAGGAAAAAUUUCUGAAAAUUACAAUGCGAUUUGUCACAUUCGUUGUGACUAUUUUCUGUUUUGCAACUCAGAUAUCACGAGUAGUAGUGUUUUAUAGCUUGGACAUACUGUUAGAACAGAUGCCGCAUUUGGAUGUAACAUUAAUAAUUAUUCUCAAGCAGUACAAUUACAUUCUGAACGAGAAGAAGUUGAAAGAACUUUUAAGCGAUAUCGUCGCUGAACGUCUGAUAGAACGACCAAAGGAGGAGUUAGAGAUUUUGGACAUGUACUCUCAGAAGGCAAUGAUCUUGUCCUUUCUAUACAGAGUCAGCACAUUUGUCACCGCCAUUAUGUUCGCCCUCAUACCGGUUAUAUCACCUAUUCUGAACAUCGUCGCACCCUUGAACGAGUCGCGGAGCCGUGAAUUUAUCUAUCCAGCUUAUUACUUCGUGGACGAAGAACGAUAUUACUAUGUCAUACUAGUGCAUAUGGUAGCAUCGGUGUCAAUACUCGUAGCUGUUUAUAUUGCCUGUGACACCAGUUUAAUUCACUUCGUACAGCAUGCUUGUGCCCUGCUGACUAUCAGUGGUGGAUACGUAUUCUCAGGGAAUACCAUAGUGAUGAAUGAAACAUCUGAAGAUCAAAAUGCAUGCAAUGUAAUCACUCUCUUAAGAAUUUCUAUAAGUUCGCAAAGAAAGCGCCCAAACAUUUGUAGACAUUUCUUAUGAAUAUACUCGUAUAUGGAAAAUUCAUUAGCAUUGUUAAUAAGAUUUCACAAUUGUGAUUAUAUGUGUGAAGUUUGAAAUCUCAUGAAUUUCAAAAUAUGUUUAGAAAUUACAAGAUGUCUAGUACAAGUGUAUAUUUCGCACAGGUAAGAAAAAUAUGUGAACUAUUAUCCAUUAUAUUAUCAGUAAGCCCUAACGUUCAGUGACGACAUAUUUAACAUUUGUUAUACGUUUAAGAUACGUUAUUCACUCUGCAUACCAAUCUCUUAUUAAAUAUAUAUUAAAUGUAUAUUUGCACUAAAUGUCUUAUGACUCCUAUAUAAAUUUUCAAAUUCAUUUCAAAUACCAAUAUUGUCAUGACAAUCGUAUCUCAUUGCGAUACUAAUGAAAUUUCAAGAUGUUUUACGUAACGCGUACAAUACAUACACAGAGAUCUAUUUCAAUGUAAAUUGUGAUAUUAUUUAUGACUUAACUUAUCUGAACAAUUCAAUAAGUUAUAGUUGUUUUUUAAAGUGUAAGUAAUGUGAUAUCACUAGUAGCAGUAAAAGGUAUAUAAUUAUUAAUCAUGACAGGAAGAUGAACUAUUCACGUGCAUAUUAUCGAACGUCCAUUAAUUUAAUGCGAAAUUUCAACCUGGAAUCUGAUCCGUGGUAGUUUAAACGUUUACGAAACUCAGGCUAUUUUCUCAAGGAGAAGAUAGACGGGGACAAAAUAUCUUUCGUUUAAUCAUACCUUAAUGAAGAAAAUAACGAGAUCAAGAUCCGUAUAGAUCUUUUUAACCUUUUUGUUACCAUUGUUUAAGGAAAAAAUUACUGUUCACAGCCCAAGUUCCAAAUUUUCAACAUGUUGCGUAAUAUGAUAUAUAUUUUUUGUAUAUAAUAAUAGAAAAUGGUAACCAGACAAUAUAUACUGCACUUAGAAUGCGUCACAUACAUAUGCGUGACGCCUGGGGCUGUAGAAAGCAAUAGAGCGUCACAUAUGUGAGACGCGUGGCAGCGAAGGAGUUAAUUAAUAUUUAACUAUUCUUUAUCCUUUUAUACAGGCCUGUCUAUACACCCAACCACCCUUUUCCAAGUUACCUUUUCUAAGCCAUUUUUAGUCGAAAUAUCUAAAGCUAUAUCUUAAAUUAAUCAUACUUGCUAAUGAUUCGACAUGGUUUUUUCAGAGGAAAGACACAGCGACAAGAACGCACAUUAAUAAUGAGCUAAUACUUUGAUCAACAGCUUACUUAUACAUCGUCAUGAAAGGUAUUUUAAGGAUACAAACUUAGCAGGGAUGGAUGAAUGAUUAAACCACCACUUUGGUUUAUAACGGUCGCAAUGGCAGUAGAUAUGGAGUACUUAGUCGCAUUCUUCUUGUAAAUAUUACAUAGCUUAAA